AUGGUGGUGAAUGUGAGCAACUGCAACACCAAAGCUGCGAUCAAUGGUGGUCAAUGGUAUUGCUGUGCAGUGAGCAAGUCGGUCGAUCGCGUCGGGUAUCACUGGAAUGGCCGAACAAUUGUCAAGACCACAAGUCCAGCUGUUCUGCUCGAAGAAGCCUUGGAGUCGAUCCUGGGCACAGGGUUCACUGGCAGUGUCUUGGGCGAUCUGUCCCGUCGAUGGCUGACUCGCUUUGCAUCGAUUUGCAGAAGUGGCAAGAAAGCUGUCCCACCGAAAAGGUCGCAGAAACAGCCUCAUGUGAUUUCGUUCGAUUCCUCUGAUCUGGCUCAUCCGAUCCGGCAGAUUAGCCUGACCCGCUUGAUCCAACUGAUCCGGCUGAUUCGGCUGACCCGGCUGAUCCGGCUGAUCCGGCUGAUCCGGCUGAUCCGGCUGAUCCGGCUGAUCUCUGGUCCAUCUGAUCCGCCUGAUCCGCCCGCUCGCUGCCCUCCUACCCGAUCCCGUUGA